ACAUAUCUCACAUACCACUUCCGGGACACGGCUUCCACUUUCUACAGCGUGGUUUAGGGUUUGAAAGCCUGUUACCUCACGUGUAAAUAGGGUUUUAAAGCCUGUAACUCGUGUGUAAAUACAUUUUUAUUUUUAAAAAAUGAGUUCCCAGAAAGGUAAUGUGUCUCGGUCGCGCGGCCAGAAGCAUCAAAACGCAGCUGCAUACAGAAACGACAAGUACGGAGCAACCACACAAGUAAAGGUGCGUCAACUUUGAAGUAGUAAUGUGUCAUAUUUACGUUUUUGUAUAUGUUUAUCUUUGGUCAAAGAUUGUUCAGUGGACACCCAGAAACACCAGGUUUGCGAUGUCCUAAAACUGUGCUUCAAAUUGAUCUUAUUCCACGACAUGUCCUUUAUUUGUGUGACUUUUCCACAUGUGUCUGUGGUCUAAUUUGUAGAAGGCAAACUCAAAGAUUCAUGAUGGACUCUGUCAACACUGUAAAGGUGUUCUUGAGUGGAAAGUGAAGUACAACAAAUACAAGUCCCUUACACAGCCCCGAAAAUGGUAUGUACCCACGACAAAGUUUGUUUUCUUCCAAAUGAAAUACCAAACAAAUUCUCUUUUUGCUGAGCUCUGUCUGUAUUUUUUACAAUUGAAGCUCUUGAGUAUAAAGUCAAACUGUUUGCAGCACAAAUUAUGAUAUGUUAUCAAUAUUUUUAUGAUUGUUAUUAUUAUUAAACUUUCUUUUAUAGCUCGUUUAGCUUCAUGUAUGCUUUGGGAUGUGUGUGUGAGGGAGUCUCUGUAUUAAUUUUCUUUUCUUUUUAUGUGCAACACUUUAAUUGGGUUAUUGUUGUAUGAAAAGUGCUUUACAUUUAAAGUCUGACUGAUUGAUUGAUAUGUGCAUGUAUGUUUUCUCCUUUCAGCGUUAAAUGUUCUCAAAAGACUGUGAAGGAUGCCUAUCACAUCAUUUGUAAGCCCUGUUCCCUUCAGCUUGAGAUCUGCUGCAAGUGCGGAAAGAAAGAGGAUAUUGUUAUUCCGUGAGUGGCUGUUUAUCAAUAAAAGAGUAUUUUGUUUACUUGUGUUAUUAGAUUAUUGUAUGAAAAGGUUACUAAAUUGUCAAAUGAUUUUAUAACUUCUCAGUCAAGGGGAUUUUUUUGCCUCGUUUGUCAUCAGAGGCUUAAUGGUUUAAUAGUUUGUGUAUUUGUAUAAUUUUGUAUAAAAUUAUAUUUAAUCAAAAGAUUUUUGAUCUUUUUGCACGAAAUCUAAUUUUUGCAAACCCUCUCAAAGCACAGUUACUUCUUCUGCGAGUCUGACAUCCUGUGGUCACUGAGGGAUAUUACAACUGGUUCUUAAAAUCAGUAGAAUUUUAUGAUCAUACACCACCUUUAUUUACACAUGAAAAUUGACAUGUAUUUAUUCAUAUUUAAGACUUUAUCCAUUCACUCAUGGACAUAGAUAUUCAAAUAAGGCCUAAUGAAAUUUUUCUUCUGCCCUUGGAAGAGUAAAAGCUAAACUAAUAACUGCAAAUUUACUGUUUUCUUGACUGUGCAGGAUAAACUCACAAGAGGACAAGCCGGAGAAAGAAGAGGAUGGGGAGCAGAAAAAGAAAAAACGUGGAGAACGGAAAAAAGACUUGGACAGUGAUGAUGACUUUGAUGAUGAUGAUGAUGAUGACUUAAGUGACUUUAGAGAUGAUGAAGAUCCAGAGCCAAAGACAACACAGAAAAAGUCUGAUGUCCUCCCAGAUGUUUCUCGAGUCAAAGUCAGUGACUGAAGACAUGGAGAUUUUUGGUGCGUUUUUAUUUCUCUCUUUUUGAUGAAAUACAGAAGUGUGAGAUCAGUAUACAGCAGUGGGCAGUUUGUGAUGUGAUCAUCCAUCUAGAUCAACUCAAUUUAAAAGGCUUAUAUAAAUUAGAGGAAUGCCAGAGGAUUCAGGAAUAUUUCAAUCAUUUGCACAUUUAGUGUUCAUAAAAAAGUCUAAAGCAUUUAAUGUCAAACACAAGCACUACACAAUGAUCUGUACAUUUUGAUCCCAUUCAUAAAUGCAUAUGUGAGUCAUGAAACCUGUAAAGUUUAUCCACAUAUUUUGAAUAUGUUUAUCCAAAAUAGUUUAUCCCAGUACUUGAUGUAACAAGCCUUGAGUAUAAACAACACUUAAAGCAGAAUUGAGGCACUGGAUAUCCAUGAAGGACCCUGACAUGUUGACACUGUCACCACACGAAGCUGCAACUUUUACUGGUCCACUCAGGUUGAAAUGUUAAAACAUAGUACAACAACUCCUAAAUAAACCUCAAUGAAAGCAA